GCAAAAAAAAAUUAAAUGUCAAGGCACGCUUUAAUAGGUGGCGGCACUGGUUUUAUUGGCCGAAACCUUGCCCAACAUCUACUUAAAAAAGGCUAUGAAAUAACGAUCAUUUCACGUAUGCCCGGUGCUAAACGCAUCACCUGGCAUGAUCUGGAGAAACAGGGUAUACCCAGCCAUGUCACUUCAGUGGUUAAUUGCACUGGGCAAAAUGUUUUGGAUCCAUCGAGACGUUGGACUCCUGGCUUUCAGCAGAAUGUUUGGAAUUCUCGGGUCAAUUCAGCCAAAACCCUAAGCCAGGCAGUGCAGGCGGCUCCACAGGUUUCCUCUUUCGUCAAUCUUUGUGGGGUUAGUCAUUAUCGUCCGUCGGAGACGAAAACCUAUACAGAAGAUGAUCAUGUCGAGGGUUUUGACUAUAUGUCGCGUCUGUGUAUAGCCUGGGAGAAGGCAGCCCAGAGUGCCGAGGAUCUGCAAUGCAAAUGUACUGUGUUACGUACUGGCGUUGUGGUGGGACACGGUGGUGGCAUGAUAAAGUCAAUUUGGUUGCCCUUUAAACUGGGUGUGGGUGGUCCUCUUGGUAGCGGUAAACAAAUUAUGCCCUGGAUUCAUAUGAAAGAUCUAUGCCAGCUAAUACAGCACAUCAUAGAGAAUCGGGAAGCUGGCGUCUUUAAUGCUGUGGCUCCAGAAAUUGCCACUAACAAAGAAUUUUCACAGAGCUUUGCCAAGGCCCUAAAUCGUCCUUGCCUCUUCAAUGUGCCUGAAUUUGUGGUCUAUGCACUUUUUGGCAAAGAACGCGCUGCUCUUCUAAUGAGUGGAGCCAAAAUUCAACCCAAGAGAGCUCUAUCAUCUGGUUACAAAUUUCAGUAUCCCACUGUAAAGGCGGCUGUAAACGAACUGAUACAGAAAUAAGCGAACAAAAUGUGAAAUAUAUUUAUAAUUUUAUUUCCCGUAAGUUAUUAAUUGUUGAAGAAAGUAUAUAGAGUGAUUAAAUUGAAGAUGCAAAAAUGUAA